AUGCCGGCCCGCUUCGAGGAGGUAACCGCUACUGACACCCGCCGCGGCGUCCCGAGGGACCUGGCGGGAAACCACUAUGACCAGGACGGGGGCCGCCCGCCCAUCAUGGGGAACGACAUCUGCAUCACAGGCUUCUCGGGCCGCCUGCCCGAAAGCUCCAACAUCGACGAGUUCAAGCGCAACCUGUUCGAGGGCGUGGACAUGGUGAACGACGACGACCGCCGCUGGCCGGCCGGACUCUACGAUCUGCCGACGCGCAUCGGCAAGAUCAAGGACGAGGACCUGCAGCAUCUCGAUUCGGAGUUUUUCAAAAUCCACCAAAAGCAAGCCGAGUGUAUGGACCCGCAGCUGCGCAUGCUGCUUGAGUGCACGCACGAAGCGAUCAUUGAUGCUGGCAUCAAUCCACAGGAAAUCCGUGGCAGUCGCACCGGGGUCUACAUCGGAUGCUCGAACUCGGAAACGGAACAACACUGGUGUGCCGAUCCGGAUCUGGUCAAUGGGUACGGGCUGACCGGGUGCGCUCGUGCCAUGUUCGCCAAUCGUCUGUCGUUCACGUUCGACUUCAAGGGUCCCAGCUACGCGGUCGAUACGGCCUGUUCCAGCUCGCUAUUUGCGCUUUCGCAAGCGUUCGCCGACAUGAAGGCGGGUCACUGUGAUGCGGCCAUCGUGGCCGGCUGCGGGCUUAUCCUGAAGCCAACGAUGUCACUGCAGUUCAAGCGGCUCAACAUGCUGAGCAAGGACGGUAUGUGCAAGGCGUUCGAUGAGUCUGGCAACGGGUACGUCCGGUCCGAUGGGUGUGUCGUGACAUUCCUGCAGCGAGCUUCCGAUUCGCGGCGCAUCUACGCUAGCGUGCUGAACGUGCGCACCAACACGGAUGGGUUCAAGGACCAGGGCAUCACGUAUCCGAUCGGUGAGAUGCAGAAACGGCUGAUCCGCGAAACUUACGAAGAGAUCGGUCUCAAUGCGGCCGACGUCGUGUACGUGGAGGCACACGGAACCGGCACGAAGGUAGGCGAUCCACAGGAAGUUAACGCCAUCACCGAUUACUUCUGCAAGGAUCGCAAGACGCCACUGCUGAUCGGUUCGGUCAAGUCGAAUAUGGGCCACUCGGAGCCAGCGUCGGGUGUUUGCUCGAUCGCGAAAAUCCUGAUCGCGAUGGAAGAAGGUGUUCUGCCGGGCAAUCUGCACUACCGCAACCCGAACCCGGACCUGUACGGAUUGCUCGAUGGCCGGCUAAAGGUGGUUGACCGUAACAUGCCCUGGAACGGGGGCAUCAUCGGACUGAACUCGUUCGGUUUCGGCGGUGCCAAUGCGCAUGUCAUUCUGAAGUCGAACCCAAAACCGAAACCAAUCAGCCCGCGUGACGGUUUCCCGAAGCUGGUGAUCGCUUCGGGGCGCACGGACGAGGCCGUCGAAGCGUUCCUCGAUCAGGCGGCGGUUAGCAAGGACGACGAGGAAUUUGUUGGCCUGGUGAACGAGAUCAGUAGCCGCAACACUCCACUUCACUAUCACCGAGGCUACACGGUGGUGGCGGGCGAUGGAAAGCCACCGGUGCGCGAGGUGCUGGAGGUGAGCGACGAGAAGCGACCGCUGUGGUUCAUCUACUCCGGCAUGGGCUCACAGUGGGCCAGUAUGGCGCGCGACUUGAUGCAGUUGGAGGUGUUCCACAACACGAUUGCUCGCUGUGCCGAAGCGCUGCGCCCGGAAGGAGUCGACCUGAUCGAUGUACUGACCAAGAGCGACGACUCGCGCUUCGACAACAUCCUCAACUCGUUCAUCUCGAUCGCCGCGGUCCAGGUGGCCCUGACCGAUGUGUUGACGCACGUCGGUAUCGUACCGGACGGAAUGGUGGGCCAUUCGGUUGGCGAACUUGGUUGCGCGUACGCCGACGGGUGCUUUACGCCUGAGCAGACCGUUCUGGCGGCCUACUGGCGUGGUCGCAGCAUCCUCGAUACCGAGCUGAUUGCAGGCCAGAUGGCCGCAGUCGGUCUGUCGUGGGAAGAGUGCAAGGAGAAGCUACCGAAGGACGUUAUCCCGGCGUGCCAUAACAGUAGCGACAGCGUUACGAUUUCCGGACCGGUCGCUUCGGUUGGCAAGGUGAUCGCCGAUCUGAACGCACAGGGUAUCUUCGCCAAGGGCGUGAAAUCGUCCGGCAUUGCGUUCCACAGUCGCUACAUUGCAGAUGCGGCCCCAAAACUGCGCAAAUCGCUCGACAAGAUCAUCCCGAACCCCAAGAGUCGCACCCCGCGCUGGAUCAGCACGAGCAUUCCGGAAGAUUCCUGGAACACGGCGCUCGCUCAGCAAUCGUCGUCGGCGUACCACGUCAACAAUCUGCUAUCGCCCGUUCUGUUCUCCGAGGGCUUGCGGCACGUGCCGGCCAAUGCGAUUUGCAUCGAAAUUGCCCCGCACGGUCUGCUGCAGGCUAUUCUGAAGCGCGCCCUCGGCAAGGACGCCACCAACUUGAGUCUCAUGAAACGCGAUCACGAUAACAAUAUGAUCUUCCUUCUGAGCAACCUUGGCAAAUUGUACGCCGCCGGAGCUCAGCCGCAGGUGCAGAAGCUGUACCGUCCGAUCACAUAUCCGGUUGGCCGUGGCACGCCCAUGCUCAACUCGCUCGUCAAGUGGGAUCACACCAACAAGUGGUUCCUCGCCCGCAUCGGUGUCGAGAAUAAAUCCGGUGAGACGAUCAUCGAUGUCAAUUUGGGUAAAGACGAGGAUGCUUACCUGGCAGGCCAUACGAUCGAUGGCCGUGUGCUGUUCCCAGCCACCGGCUAUCUCACGCUCGCGUGGCGCACCUUCGCCAAGAUGCGCGGUGCCGAUCUGGAGAAAACGCCGGUCGUAAUCGAGAACGCCGUGUUCCAUCGGGCUACCAUCUUGCCGCGAGACGGCUCGGUAAAGUUCGGCAUCAACUUCUUCGAUGGCACGGGUGCGUUUGAGAUCUGCGAGGGUGGUACACUGGCCGUUUCGGGUCGUCUUACGAUCCCGGAGAGUAUCGAGCAGGAGGAGCUCCCUCUGUCGAAGCUGGAAACGGACAAAGGCACAUUGGCGCUCAACACGGGCGACGUGUAUAAGGAGUUGCGCCUUCGUGGCUACGAUUACGGCGGCCUCUUCCGCGGUGUGACGCGCAGUGAUUCGCGGGCCAUCACCGGUGAGCUGGAGUGGCGUGAGAACUGGGUUAGUUUCAUGGACACGAUGCUCCAGUUUAGCAUCCUGGGUAAGGACUUGCGGGAACUGUAUCUGCCGACGCGCAUCGAAAAGAUCGUCAUCAACCCUGCCCGGCACCUGGAGCUGCUGAACAGUUUGGCCCCCGUGACAGCGAAGGAUGCCGCCGCUGUAAAGAACGUCCCCGUGUAUAUGUACCGUGACAUCAACGUCAUCAAGAGUGGCGGUGUCGAGAUGCGUGGACUUCGUGCCACACUUGCCCCACGGCGCCAGGGAACGCAAGCAGCGCCGACCCUUGAAAAGUAUGUCUUCGUCCCGAACUGCAACGAGGAGAAGCAGCUGGCGGAGAACGCGGACAAAGCGCGGCUUCGAUCGAUCACGGCCGCCGUUCACCUGGUGAUCGAGAACAGUGCCGGCGCGCUGAAGAUCAAGGUGGUGGAAGCGAGUGCGGAACGAGCACCGGAAAGCACGAUGGCGGGUACGGUGCAGGCGAUCAUCGAAGGCGAACCAACGCUGGCCAGCGAUGUGGCAAUCGCCACCACUCACCAGCCCGAUUCGCUCGUCCAGCACUACGGUGAGUCAGGUGUGCGCGUCCUGAACAAGGAUCUGACCGCGGGAGCCGCCAUCGAGCAGAACUGCCACCUGGCGAUCGCUUACGAUCUGUUCGCCGGUAUUGUGACGAACGGGGAACCGACCGUUGUGUUGCGCGGGCUGCGCGACACAAUCAAGGCGGACGGUUUCGUGCUGCUCGAGGAAUCCCGCAUGGCACUGGACAUGAAAACCGUGCGACCGGUGCUGGCCAACGCUGGCUUCCUUCUCGUCACGCAGCAAGUGUGCGAUAAGCGGGUGUUCCUUCUGCUCCGUCCGAUCAAUGCGGAGCUGGCAGAGCGCAAGUCUGUGGUCGUGCCCAUCACGGAGAAGAACUUUACGUGGUUGGAGUCGCUGAAGGAGGCCUUGGCCAAGGCAGAGGAAACCUCGACCUAUGUGUACAUCGUGUGUCAGGGCGAAGAACUGACCGGUGCCCAGGGACUGCUGAAUUGCGUGAAAAACGAAGCGGGUGGCAAGUUUGCCCGGCUGUACUUCAUCCAGGAUCGUAGUGCACCGAAAUUUUCGCUAACGGCCACCCCGUACCGUGAGCAACUGGCGAAGGAUCUGAUUUGCAACGUGUUGCGGCCCUCGACUGGUGCCUCCGGUGCUUCCGGUGCAUGCUGGGGUUCGUAUCGCCAUCUGCGCCUCGACAGCCAAUCGAACGCACCUUCGUUGCCGGUCGAACACGCGUACAUCAACGCCCUGACGAAGGGUGAUCUGGCGAGCUUGAAGUGGAUCGAAAGUUCCUUAUCCCGCGAACCGACGGAUGAUGCCCGUACGGAGCUGUGCACCGUGUACUAUGCGCCGAUCAACUUCCGCGAUGUGAUGCUGAGCUCGGGCAAGCUCGGUGCCGACGCGCUGCCGGGUGAUCUCGCCACCCAGGAUUGCAUUCUGGGGCUGGAGUUUGCCGGGCGUGACUCGAACGGACGGCGCAUCAUGGCGAUGGUGCAAGCCAAGUCCCUCGCUACGACGUGCGUGGCCCAGCGCAACAUGAUCUGGGCCAUUCCGGACUCGUGGACCAUGGAGCAAGCGUCUACCGUGCCGUGCGUUUACUCGACCGUCUACUAUGCGCUAGUGAUGCGCGGUCGCAUGAAGCGCGGCGAGUCGAUUCUCAUCCACGCCGGCUCGGGUGGUGUUGGACAGGCGGCCAUCUCUGUCGCCCUGGCUGCCGGUGUGACCGUCUACACGACGGUCGGCUCGGCCGAAAAGCGAGCGUUCCUGAAGCGUACCUUCCCGCAGCUUACCGAUCGGCAUAUUGGCAAUUCCCGGGACUGUUCCUUCGAGCAGCUAGUGAUGCGUGAAACGCAAGGCCGCGGUGUGGACCUGGUGUUGAACUCGCUGGCCGAGGAAAAGCUGCAGGCAUCGGUUCGCUGUCUCGGGUUGAACGGCCGCUUCCUGGAGAUUGGAAAGUUCGAUCUGAACAACAACAGCCCGCUCGGAAUGUCGGUGUUCCUGAAGAACACUUCGUUCCACGGCAUCCUGCUGGACAGUGUGAUGGAAGGGGAUGACGAAACGAUCGCCGAGGUGGUCCGCCUGGUGGCGGAUGGUAUUGCGAGUGGCGCUGUGCGGCCCCUGCCGACGAGCCUGUUCACCGAGACGCAGGUCGAGCAAGCGUUCCGUUUCAUGGCUUCCGGUAAGCACAUCGGCAAAGUGGUGAUCCGCGUGCGGGAAGAGGAGAAACAGAAGGUCAUCGCACCUGCACCGAAGCACAUCAACGCGAUCCCACGUACGUACAUGCACGCCGAGAAGGUGUACAUCCUGAUCGGUGGCCUGGGUGGCUUCGGACUCGAACUGUCGAACUGGCUGGUGUCACGGGGAGCGAAGAUUCUCGUGCUCACGUCACGUUCGGGCGUUCGAAGUGGCUACCAAGCGCUCAUGGUUCGCCGGUGGACGGAACGGGGCGUGAAGGUGGUGAUCGAUACGAACGAUGUGACGACGCUGCGGGGAGCCCAGAAGCUGCUCACCGAGGCCGCCCGCCAUGGUCCCGUCGGUGGUGUGUUCAAUUUGGCUGCCGUCCUCCGCGAUGGACUGCUGGAGAACGGAAGUGAGGCCGACUUCAAGGCCGUCUGCGUGCCGAAGGUGGAUGGCACGAAGAAUCUCGAUGUGGCCACGCGCGAACUGUGCCCUGCGCUCGAUUACUUCGUGUGCUUUUCGAGCGUCUCGUGCGGACGCGGUAACAUCGGGCAGGUCAACUACGGGUUGGCCAACUCGGCGAUGGAGCGUAUCUGUGAGGCGCGCCAUGCGGCCGGACUUCCGGCGACCGCCAUCCAGUGGGGAGCGAUCGGGGACACGGGCUUGGUGUUGGAGAAUCUGGGCGACAACGAUACGGUGGUCGGUGGAACGCUUCCGCAGCGGAUGCCGUCCUGUCUGCAGACGAUGGAUCUGUUCAUGCAGCAACCGUCGCCCGUGCUAGCGUCGAUGGUGAUCGCCGAGAAGCGCAAAACGGAAUCGGGGGCGGGCGUGAGUCUGGUGAGCUGCAUCGCGAACAUUCUGGGACUGAAGGACACGAAGAAUGUGUCGGACGCCUCCACACUGGCCGAUCUCGGCAUGGACUCGCUGAUGGGUGCGGAAAUCAAGCAAACGCUCGAGCGCAGCUUUGAUCUCGUGCUGAGUGCGGCCGAGAUUCGACUGCUCACCUUCGGCAAACUGCGAUCGUUCGAGAAGGGUGGCGCUACGGCGCAAGAAGCCGCCGGUGCGGGUGGCGCAGCAGGCGAAGGGGCGGCGGACGGCAGCCCGAAAUCAUCGGCCGAACAGCAACUGCAGCAGCAGCACGCGGCCAUUGGCGAUGGAACCCAGGUCAAGUUCAGUGCCGAACUGAUGCCGAAGGAGUGCCUGGUGAAGCUGGAAUCGGCCGCAGCCCCAGCCAAAAAGGGUGCCACCGUGCGGCCCGUGUUUGUGGUGCACGCGAUCGAGGGUGUCAUUACGGCCCUGAUCCCGCUGGCCAAAACGCUCCCCGUGCCCGUCUACGGUCUGCAGUGUGUCGAAGCGGCCCCACUCGAUUCGCUCGUCACGCUGGCCGCGUACUACAUCCGCCAGAUACGCACGGUGCAGCCGCGCGGCCCUUACACGAUCGUGGGCUACUCGUUCGGAGCUUCGAUCGCCUACGAAAUGGUGGCCCAGCUGGAGUCGGCCGGUGACAAGUGCAGCUUAAUGCUGCUGGACGGUUCACCGCGGUACGUAAGCUGGUACACGGAGGCACAGAAGCAGCGCAACGCCAACGGCGAGGUCGUACAGGCGGUGGACGAAGCGUACGCACUGGCGUACUUUGCGAUGGUGUGCGGAAAGCUGGACUACGGCAAGACGGCCCACGAGCUGGUGGAGGCGAAAUCGUGGAACGAUCGGGUGGCCAAGUGUGCCGAAAUGGUGCACGCCAAGGCGCCCCAGUACUCGAAGCAGCUGCUGGAAACGACGGCCAAAUCGUUCGUGGGUAAGAUCGUCGCCAGCCACAUGUACAAACCAUCGUCCAAGAUCAACGCCAACGUCAAGCUGGUCAAACCGACUGAAAACUACGCCAAGCUACAGGGCGACUACGGUCUAUCGGAUCUCUGCAACCAAAAGGUAGAAAUCUUGACCGUCAAGGGCGAUCACCGAUCGAUGCUCAUGGGCGACUCAAUGAAACAGAUUGCCACCGUGCUGCAGCAGCUGUUCUAAGGCCGCGCCCAACCAUCAUCCUCGUCAACAUUCCCAGUUUAUGGUUUUCUGUUGUACAUAAGUGUGCGCCACCCGGUCUUCCGGGUCGGCUGAGGAAUGCUUGCGACCGCCGUUUUUGAUACCUAAGGACCCUAGCAUGUAGAACGUAGUAUUUAGUGAGUAGUGACGCCAAUGUGACAACCGACCAGCAGCGCGGGAUUCCCGGGGUUUAGCGCACAGUUUCCUUAAUGGCGCUCCGUGAGUGCAUUUUAAAUGCAUUUAGCGCACAGAGUGGCACCCUGCUCGGGAGUGAUGGGGGUGUGUCACGGACCACUUUCCAUAUCUUCUACGUGUUUCGUUCACAAAAUUAGCCUCGUGCGAUUCGCAUAGCGAAACAAAUUUUCUUCAACAACAGGCACAGGGAGAGUGUGCAGUUGUUGUUACAUCACAUUCUUUUUAAUGAAAUCGAUACGCUUCCUUCCAUCUCUUCUCGUGUUCUCUAUUCUUCUCUUUUGCUAAGUAACCUUUCGUCUUUAGCUACUUUUGCGCGAAAGUAGCCAAAGCCCCCGAAGUAACUCGAAGAGUGUCACGUUUCAUUUGUUUUUAUUGCAACACGUGUGAUUUGGGUGGCGAGGAGUGAAACGUCUGAAAAGGGAGAGAGAUACACGAAACAAACAAAAAAGGACAUCCAGGUUUAGCGAUUAAGAGCAAAACACGAACAACAUUCGGAAGAAUAGAUGUGAACAUACAUUGGUUAACAAGUAAGCCUAAUUGAACUACUUAUAGUGAAUGGAAUAAACGUCUCUUAAAGAGAGCAUGUAGGAGCGCAACCAGCGGCUCAUCCUGCGUCUAGGACUUAGAGGCAAAUAAAACCCACAAUCCUGUCGGAACCCCGACCUACUUACGAAUUAACCGUAUUUGUGCCCGUCCUUGCUGGUAGCACGCAAGCGAGCAAAUCUCAUUGAAACGAUCACGAGUUCUAUUGCACACUACUGUUGACGCUCCUCGUGCCCGUCGUUGUUCUAUCUGCACUUGCACAAUAUCUGUCCAAUAUGGGAGAUGAAGCAGCGUUGGCGCCGGUACAGUGGGCAGCUCGCUGAUGGAAAUCCUCCCAUUGCGUAUCGGGUAGCCUUUGCUGGGGUUUUCAAUGAACGACGAAGGACACGAACACAAGAAUAUGGUAUACGGACAGAACUUAGUUGUUGAAAAAAUGUACAAUUCGAUUGAAGGAUGUAAAUAAAGAAACCUUUUACGACCGCAUUCGGCACAGAUCAUCAAUCUUUCACGCAUCCUACUGUUAUCGAAUCGUUACCUGAGUGUGUUUUCCUAGAAGCCGUCGGCGACUUUCGCCUCCAAGGCGUCAGAUAUCUGCACAGAAAACAUAUUUGUAACACAGAAACAAGCCACAAAGCGUCGGUGAGUGUCAAAAUUACAUUUACUUUGUCCAAGAACAACGCGUGCGCUAGAUUAAAAUUACAUACAUUUUGUUCGUAUUGCUUUAGGGAGAUGGAAUCUUUUCCGAACCACGGCAUAUGCGCCUGCUUUGAUCGGAUUACUGUUUCUUAAUGAUGAUAUUAAUGUUUUGUCUUAUCAAGUAUCAAGCGAGGUUAUUUGCUGGGCCAACUGUACUACAAAUAAAAUACUGGAUUUGU